CUUUAAAUAGUUCAAUCGGAACGAGAGACGUGUUUUAUGAUCGAGUCUAGUCGAUACGCGAGGAAAUUUAGAGUUAAGAGAAUCAGUGUGGAUUGUGAAAUUCGGUCGGAAAGUGAAAAUGCCGAGUGUGAAGAAAGUGUUGGUGAGUGACGCCGUGGACGAACAGUGUGUGCAGUUGCUCAAAUCGGGCGGUAUCGAUGUCACGUGUAAGUUCGGCCUAAGCGUCGAGGAACUCAAGAAGGAAAUACCGGCCUACGAUGGACUAGUGGUGAGGUCGGACACGAAAGUAACAGAGGAAAUUUUGACAUGUGCCUCUCGGUUGAGUGUAGUGGGGCGAGCCGGCACAGGGGUGGACAACAUCGACCUCAAAGCGGCCACCAAAAGAGGCGUCUUGGUUCUCAACACACCUGGUGGAAACUCAACUAGUGCUUGUGAGCUGACUUGCUCUCUAAUCACAUGUCUUGCAAGGCACGUUCCUCAAGGUUGUGCUGCCUUAAAAGAUGGCAAAUGGGCUCGAAAACAGUAUUCAGGGACAGAACUAGAAGGAAAAACUUUAGCAAUUCUAGGUCUUGGUAGAAUCGGCAGGGAAGUUGCCAAAAGAAUGCAAUCUUUUGGAAUGAAAACAGUAGGUUUUGAUCCGAUGGUAUCCGCAGAAGAUGCCUUAUCGUUUAACGUCCAAAGCCUCUCUCUAGAAGAAAUAUGGCCCAUAGCUGAUUACAUAACCGUUCAUACACCUUUAAUCCCCCAAACUAGAAAUUUAAUCAACAAUGCAGUAUUAUCCAAGUGCAAGAAAGGAGUCAAAAUUGUGAAUGUAGCUCGAGGAGGAAUUAUCAGUGAAGAGGACCUACUCACAGCUCUGAAUGAUGGGCGAUGUGGUGGUGCCGCGUUAGACGUAUUCUGUGAGGAGCCACCCAAAAGUGAGGCGUCUUGGAACCUCAUCAAACACCCGAAAGCGAUCGUUACGCCUCAUCUUGGAGCAUCAACGAAAGAAGCGCAAGUUCGGGUCGCCGUGGAGAUUGCGGAAAUGUUCAUUUCUCUGAACGAAGUGGGUGCCGGAGCCUGGCUGAAUGGAGUUGUCAACGCACCCAUUCUCAGAGCUACAGCUGAUCCCCGAACCAACUCUUGGAUCGAACUGGCCUCAAAAUUAGGCAAAGUGGCUAGUCAAAUUCUGCGAGACAGCUCUUCGAACAGUUCCCCGGUCUCUGUAAUCACAGCAGGAGCUGAAUUAGCGGGGAAGAACUUCUUCAGCACCGGGGUUCUGGUGGGUCUUCUGGACGGGAAGGUUCAGUCGGAGGUCAACUUGGUGAACGCACCAACAUUAGCAGAGGAGAACGGACUCAAAGUGGACCACCAACACGACGCUUCGGGCCACUCAAAAAGCCACCUAGUCCUAAAGGCAAAUGCAAAUGGCCAACCUAUUGAAAUUAAAGGAACCGUAGAUGGUGAAAAACCCUACCUCCUUUCCAUUAACGGAUCGGUCUUCCAACCUGAUGGUAUCCCUCUCACAGAUCAUUCCUCUUUCGUUGUAAAAGCUGUGAACCCUGGCGAUGUAACAAAAACAAUAAGUGACUAUGUCAGCAAGAACGCUCACAAAAUUUCAAUUGCUGGAGGUCCAAAGACAUGGAUCGCUGUUCAACUACCGUUGAAAUAAUGCACGAACCGAAACCAGAACUUUUAUUACUUUGUCUUACCUAGAACUAAGCUAAUUAGCUAAAUACUAAUAAACUGUACAAAGUUACAGUACAAACUUACUAAUAAACUGUAAAAAACUUA